ACUAAAAAUCAAGAAAUGGAAGCAAGCAGCCACUUUGCUGCUUUCUCUCUCUCUCUUUCACUUUCUCUUGCUGGCAAUGAAGGCGUUCACAUUCGAAGGAAAACGAAUAUGAAUGGAAUAUUAAUUAUCUUCUCAACCACUUGCGAUGAACAGACGCCAAAUUUCUUUUUAAUAUUUAUUUGUAAGGAAUUAAUGUUCUUUUUUGUUUUCUUUACACCAAGAAGUUUAUUCAACUUGAAGUUUAUCAUAUAUACAGCUCAAGAAAAGGGAAGAUCAAAAAGAGAAAAAGAACCGUCUUUCUUGUUCAAGGUGGCGAAUCCAGGAGAUAAAGUUAGUGAGAAGAGAGAGGGUGGUGGUGAAGAAUGGGUUUUUCAUGAUAGUCCAACAUUGAUGAGAAUGAGAACAGAGAACCAGCUGCAGAUGGUGCCUGUGAUGUCUAUGCUUUCUGGGUUGGGUAGCGAAAGAGAAAUGUCGGCUAUGGUUUCUGCUUUAACUCAUGUGGUUACUGGAGAGGUGCCUGAUUCUGCUGAUUAUUUUCUAACAUUAUCAAAUGAAAGUAAUUGUUCAAGUUCUUCAAGUGCUGGAGCUGGAGGAGGAGGAGGAGGAGGAGGAGGAAGAGGAAAGAGAGCGAGAGAAGAAGAGGGAUGUCGAGAAUUUACGAGGCUUUCUAAACCAUUUGGUGAUAAAUUUUCAUAUGGAGGCACGUCUUCUGCUGAUAGAGAGAGUUCAAAAAUUGCCGCGACAACGGUAAUCCCACCAGCACAAACCACAUUUACUACCAUAUAUGAGCACAAUGAGGCCUUGAGAGAAGAGCCAAGGAGAAAAUAUAGAGGAGUGAGGCAAAGGCCAUGGGGCAAAUGGGCAGCUGAAAUAAGAGACCCGUUCAAGGCUGCUAGAGUUUGGCUAGGCACUUUUGACACUGCUGAAGCCGCAGCAAGAGCUUAUGAUGAAGCUGCACUCAGAUUCAGAGGCAGCAAGGCUAAACUGAACUUCCCGGAAAACGUCAAGCUCCGACCAUCUACCUCCAAUCCAAUGACAACCCAGUUGACAAUUUCUGAUUCUCCAAAUACCCUUUUGUCCGUGUCUACUCAGCCAAUUGUUUCAGGGGACUUGGUGAACCAUCCUCCAUUGGUGUUGGAUGUUAGUGGUUAUCAAAGACAACCCAUGAGUCUAUAUGAUCAAAUGUUUUUAUCAUCUUCAUCAACGGCUUCUCAUCAUUUUCAUUCGUCUACUUAUUCUUCAUCUCCACAAUCUUCCUUUCCUCUGCUUUUUCCAGCUCCACCUCCAGGAGAGUCCACCAGUCAGAGUAGGGGUGCAGAUAUUUCAGUCCCACCGUGGCCGGUUCCUCCUUCCUCUGGUUGAUAUAUUUUAGUAAAUUUCAAAUUUGUUGUUGCUACCACAUUUGUUCACCUGCAUUUAGUAGGUCAUUAGCUUCUUGUAACAAUCAUUAUUAUUUCUGAUUAUUAAUUUUAGUAGAUUUAGGACAUAUAUUUUGUGAUCCCAAAUAACAUUUAUUCACAGUGGCAGAUUUUUGUAUUAUAAUAAAAGGAUUUGGUUUGGGAGUA